AUGAAUCAUCUUUUUAAAAAUAAAAGAAAUUUUAAUAAUAUAAUUAAACAAUUACACUUGAAACAACAACCAUCACCAUCAUCAGUAUUAUUGUUUACGCAACAAAAGAGACAAGUAACUCACCACGCACCAGAAUGGAAUGAACCUUCCGUAAAAGAAGAAUGGGAAAAUGUUUGGGUUUAUGGUAUGGGAGGAUGUUUCUUUGUUCAAACUUGGGCUACGAAAGAAGCCGAAAAGAGAUUAAAAGAUCGUGGUAUCUCUUUGGAUUAUCCCAAAACCGAAAGGAAAUGGUAA